GGGACAGCCCGUCCCCGUCAUCCUCGCGCCGCUCCACUCCCCCCCUCUCUCUCUCGCUCGCUCGCCGCCGUCCCGAGCCGGACAGGAGCACUACCGAGUCCCCUCCCGAGCGAGAUCUCCUUCCGUCCAGCUCCAGAGGGGGCCAGCUCGAUCGCUGCCGCCGCCUCGCCCGAGCCGGUCGAUGGGGAGGGCGCCGUGCUGCGAGAAGGAGGGGCUGCGGCGGGGCGCGUGGAGCCCCGAGGAGGACCAGCGGCUGGUGGCCUACAUCCGGCAGCACGGCCACCCCAACUGGCGCGCGCUGCCGCGGCAGGCCGGGCUGCUCCGCUGCGGCAAGAGCUGCCGCCUCCGCUGGAUCAACUACCUCCGCCCCGACAUCAAGCGCGGCAACUUCUCCGCCGACGAGGAGGCCCUCAUCGUCCGCCUCCACCGCGAGCUCGGCAACAGGUGGUCCGCGAUCGCGGCGCAGCUGCCGGGGCGCACCGACAACGAGAUCAAGAACGUGUGGCACACCCACAUCAAGAAACGUCUGGAGGACGACGACGCGGAUGGCGACACCUCCGCCGCCGGCCGGCCGAAGAAGCAGAAGGCGCGCAAGAGCAAGCCCGCCGCGCCCAAGAACAAGAAGCAGGCCGCCGCGAAGGCCGACAACAGCGAGACGUUCAUGACGGCGUCGCCGGGGCUGUCGAGCAGCGUGAGCAGCGGCGUCACGACGUUCUCCACGGCGGCCGAGUCCACCGCGGCGGUGUCGUCGGGCGACAACGCCGCCACCACCAGCGCGAGCCUCCAGCCCGGGGCCGCCAAGGCGGAGAUGGAGAUGGAGAGCUUCAGCUCCGCGGAGUUCCCGCCCAUCGACGAGAGCUUCUGGUCGUCGCCGGACGUGGUGGACAUGGGCCUCGGCGCCAUGGACGACGAGGAGCUGGGACUCGCGGGCCCGCCGUCGUCGGCCACGAGGGACGAGGACAUGGAGUUCUGGCUCAAGAUGCUGCUGGAGUCCGGCGACAUGAGGGACCUGAGCGUCUUGUAACAGCAAUUAGCGCAGGACCCGAGCUUAGCCGCCACCUCGCAAGAUUAGAGCCUCCUAUUUUCAUUUUUCUGUUAUCCUUUCCCCAAUCUCCGCCGAUGAGAAAAUGUUGGGAAAUUCGAUCGGGUGAUUUCACCCUGCUUAGAAAAAAGGAAUACUAGCACCAUUUCGUUCGUUCUUUAGCUGGCGUCCGUCACAAUUCAAUCAGAUGCGGUGCUUGCCUAUCAUGAAAAAUGAGAUGGCAA